GCUUGUUAUCGUCCAGUCUCGGCUCAGCGCGAGGACGGAGACAGCAGCGACCCAGCACGUACAACAGCCAGCGAGCAGUCUCCAAGUCUCGCUUGACAGCUGUGCUAGCAUCAGAUUGUCAUGUCAGACACGUCUGAUCAGCAUGGGGAAGCGAGUACAUCUGUUGCCGCACGUGAGGCUGGACCGCCGACGAGAGUCCACUUGGAUCUCAGAGGCACUCGCCUGACCGUCGAUAGAGAGGCAUUGAUGGAGCUGCCAGAAUCAGUGUUGCUCUGUCUCUUUCCAAACGGGGUCGUCCUCAACACACAGCGACAAGAGGGAGCAGACGGAGAAGAAGACGAGGAUGUCUACUUUGUCGACUUUGACGGCGCGUGCUUGCGCUACAUCCUCAACCUCUUCGACGAGGCGCGAACCAACUUCUACGGUCCGCCAGGCUCAAAGCGGCGGAUCCAGAGGGAACAGGAAGAUUCCUCCAAUGCGAGCCAAUCAAUGUCGAACCCACUCUUUCUCAAACAAGCCAUCAUCGUCCUGCGCGAAGAACUCGAGUUCUUUCUCAUCGCGCCCAAUACAACUUUCGCUACCGCGCCUCCGUCCGGCAAGACUCAAGGGCUAGCCACGGUCGAUGACGAGGGCGUACCCGUCAAGGAAGUCAUCGACCUCAAAAAGCGUUGUGGCCAGCACUUGCUCGAGCAGCGGGCCAUCUUCACCGCUCUGCAGCGCAACGUCAACCGAGAAAACAAUCUCGCUGAACAACACCUCAUCGAUAUGCUGUGCAUGUCUGGCUUCAACAGAGACGACUCGUGGGGUUUCAGGGCCUUAGAGCCAGACCGGUGUUGCAUCACUUCCCUCGCUCUCGUCCUCCUCAAGACCGGCAUCACCCACAAGUCUGCCACGUCCCCUCCCGGGUCGCCUUCGCAGUCGUGUACCCCAGCGAGCCAGAACAUGGCAGAUGUCACUGUCAAUGCCGCCCAACUUGCAACUGCUCAGAAACUCUUGCUCUUCUGGCGGAAGCCUGCGAGGAAGUGCUGGUGGGAUCUCGCUCACGUCGAGCUGCCAUUACAAGCGAACGAGACGCCCACCACGCUGAGGGUGUGGGUCAGACAUCAGUGGACAUUAGAGACUUCCUUAAUAUGAUGCUGAUGUAUAGCAUCAGAGCG